GCAGCGAUCUACGGCAACAGUGACGUACUAUUGUUGCGACGAGCCAUGAACAACCGCUUUGUUUUCAUGCUUUAACCGCCGUUUGACUCAUUUGUCGGACAUUAAAUUAAAUAAAAACACCCCUAAGUGAUUCCUUACUUAUUCAUUAAGAACAGCGAUGAGCAAACGGAAAGCACCGCAAGAAACUUUAAACGAGGGAAUCACGGACUUUCUUAUUGAAUUGGCCAAUUAUGAAAAAAAUGUAAAUCGGGCUACCCAUAAGUACAAUGCAUACAGAAAAGCUGCUUCUGUGAUUGCUAAGUACCCAAAUAAAAUCAAAAGUGGCAAUGAAGCCAAGAAACUGGAUGGGGUUGGUGCAAAGAUUGCUGAAAAAAUUGAUGAGUAUUUAACCACAGGGAAACUCCGCAAACUGGAAAAGGUCUUAAGUUCACAUAUUCGCAAUGAUGACACCAGCUCCUCUAUCAACUUUUUAACUAGAGUGACUGGAAUAGGCCCAGCUGCUGCUAGGAAGUUCUAUGAUGAAGGUGUCAAGACCCUAGAUGAUCUAAAGAAGAUUGAACAUAAGCUGAACCAUCAUCAGCAGAUUGGCCUUAAAUAUUUUGAAGAAUUUGAGAAGAGAAUUCCCCGCUCAGAGAUGGAGAAAAUGGAGGCUUUAAUAUUACAAGAGUUGGGGCAGCUCGACCCGGAGUACAUUGGCACCAUCUGUGGCAGCUACAGACGAGGUGCAGAGUCGAGUGGUGAUAUUGAUAUACUGCUGACUCAUCCAGACUUUACCUCCCAAUCUCAAAAACAACCCUGGCUGCUCCAUGCAGUGUUGGAGCACCUUGAGUCUAUUGGCUUUGUCACUGAUACUUUGUCCAAAGGAGAUACAAAGUUCAUGGGUGUAUGCCAGCUGCAAAGAGGAGUCAAGGAUGAGAAGGAUUAUGAUCAUCGCCGUAUUGAUAUCAGGCUUAUUCCUAAGGAUCAAUAUUACUGUGGUGUGCUCUACUUCACUGGGAGUGAUAUAUUCAAUAAGAAUAUGAGAACCCAUGCGCUUGAGAAAGGCUUCACCCUUAAUGAGUACACUAUUCGUCCACUAGGAGUAACUGGUGUGCCUGGAGAGCCCUUACUGGUGGACAGUGAGAAGGACAUUUUUGACUACAUCCACAUGAAAUACAGAGAGCCAAAAGAACGCAGUGAAUGAAAAAAGCAAUUGAGAGGUUUUUUAGUAAACUUGUUGAUGCCUCAGUGAAAUAGUCUUCAGUGGCAUAACACAGAAUGUGUUUACAGAAGCAAGGAAAGUAUGUCGGUAUGGGUAAAAGUAUGGGUAGGAUAACUUUGUGUUUUUUUUAAUGAUUUUGAGUUUUGUUUUAGUUAAACCAUAUCAACAAUAAGUUUGUCAUUUAAAUUCUCUUGUUUGCUUUCAGUUAUUCAAUAUUAUAUAUUUAGGAAAGUACUUUUUUGAAAACUAUUAUUUUAAUAAUUGGCAUUUUUUAUCAAGGUGUUUUAUUGUGGAGGACAAGUACAUUUCCAACAAACUGUUACUUAUUGACACAUGACAACUUAUGUCAUCUUUUAGAACUCUUAGGAAAUGAGAUGCAACUUAAAGUACUCAUGUAUUAUUGUAGCAGGUUUUAGUAUUCAUUCAUAUUUAUAUUGACUAUUAAUGUUCAUGCGAUUGGCAGUGGAAAUGUGCAACAUUUGAUUUGACUAUUAAACACCACAACCAUAACGGAUGGUUUUCUUAAAGCUUGUUGAAAACAGUACUGUGGAAAUAUUUUCAGUUAGUAUUUUACACCUGAAGUUAGGGCUGCACGAUUAUGUCCAAAAUGAUAAUCCUGAUUAUUUUGAUCAAUAUUGAGAUCUCAAUUAUUUAUCACGAUUAUUAAUUGAUUUUAGUGACGACAUAUUUUUAUUGCACUUUCACAUUUAUUAAGUUUUCUCAUGCCACGAUAUAACACACAAGUAGGCAUGAGAAAACUUGAGCUGGUCAAUUAUGACAGAAUUUAGGAACAUAGUGUGAGCCAUGACAAAUUAAUUUACCUUCGGAUAAACUAAAUUUAAUAUUUUCAGUUAAUUUUACAGACUGCAUGCAAACAAAACAACCGUUAACCUGUUCCACCUUGUAAACAAAUACAAUAAACAUCAAUGUUCAGUGUUUGAA